AUGGUCCAGCCUAUUUCUGCUGGAGUUUUGGAACAGCCUAGGGCUCCUUCACUGACCCGGCCGCAGCAGUUACUGUUGAAGAACGCAGUGCAUCAGAUUUCAGCCUCAGACCCGGAGCAGCUUCCUGUGACUUUGUAUGGCCCGGAACAGCCUGUGUCUCAGACGGCUAGGAACGACAGGGCACCGCCACCACCUGAACCGAACCCUUUUAGGGUUUCGUAUGCUUCAUCUCUUACACAAAAUAUCAUGCGCUCUGCUGAUGUUCCCGCUCACAAUUUCACGGCGCUCAAGCCAUCCAUUGUGGACGACAAACCUUGCCCGAUUCUUUCGCCGCAAUUCCAUCAACGUCAGACUAAGAAAUUUGAGCACGCUCUUCAUGGUCGGCUGCUUCUUCAUAAGGGAGAUUCGCCUAGAUUUGCUCAUGACCUGCAUAAAGAACUCGGUAUUCUUUGGAAGACCAACGAUCCUUGGCAUAUUGUUCCUCUUGGCAAGGGAUACUUUACGAUGCGUUUUUCUUCGGCCUUGGAUUUUGCGGUUGCUAAUGGCAAGCCCUCUUGGCGUCUUCUCUCGGGGAUGCUUCGCCUUCAGGCUUGGGUACCUUUAUUCGAUCCUUACAAAGCCACUGCCAUUUUAGCUCAAGUUUGGAUCCGUAUUUUUCAUUUGCCUUAUGAAUUUUGGCAUCCUGAAGUGAUUUCUGGCAUCGCUCUUCAUGUGGGAGCGCCUAUUAAGAUUGAUGCCCAAUCUGCGAAUGCCUUCGUAGGUCAUUUUGCCCGUGUGCUCAUUGAGAUGGAUAUUACGGCAGAGGUUCCCGACUAUAUUGAUGUUAAAUGCGGCGAUCGUUCGUUUGAGGUUGAGUUCGGGUAUGAAAAUUUACCUUACUAUUGUCAUUCUUGUCAUAUCAUUGGCCAUACUACUAAUGAUUGUAGGAAAAGCUCCUCUGUUGAGAAUAAUUCUCCCCCGAUUCCGGACACUAAUCUGGACGGAGAGUUCAAGAAGGUUAAAGCUCGCAAUAAGAAUAAUCCAGGAUGGCAUAGAGUUGAGCAUACCCCAUCUACUGAUCCGAAUAGGAGUGUUAACAAGGCUGCCGAGCAAACUCCUUCUCACACCGAUCCGAAUAGGAAUGGUAAUUCCUUUGAUGCUCUUGUGGUUUUGGGAAAAGAGGCCGAUGCCGUCACAGCUGCGGAACCUGGCUUAGAUCAAACCGCUGAACCACAAGCUCAGGGAAGUGAGGCUGAUGGAAAAAUUGAUUAUCUCUCUGCGGAUAUUUUUUAA